UGCAUUCAAAAUUUUACUUAACUAAAAGUGCUUAUUAUGCAGAAUGGCCCGUUUCAUAAUAAUUUGAUCUUAAAUUAAUGUAAUAUUAUUAUUGAAGUAUUAGUGUGUAGCAUACAUUACUUUAAUGUUGCCACUGGUAACGUUGGGGCUUUACAACUGCUGGGUAGCUUAUCUUAUGAAAAUAUUAUCAUCAUUUAUUAGAUGAUUUAGAUUUUGUAUUGAUAAUCUCAGUCUGCAAAGCAACUGGUAACCAAUGUUGUCAAAUAAAUGCAGGGGAGUUAAAACUACAAUAUUUACCCCAGAUACUCAAGAAAAGUACAAGUACCCCUACUUUGUACUUAAAUACAGUAUUUCAGUAAGUGUACUUUCCACCUCUGCAUAUUAUAUACAGAAUAUAAGUUACACAAAAGUGAAAAGUAACAAGGACAUUUACUCAAAUUGAUCUGAGGUAAAACUGACUGUGGCUCAGUCGUCCACUGAUUGCAGGGUUGGUGGUUUGAUCCCCAGCUCCUCCUCCCGUCCACCAAUUGAAGUGUCCUUGAACAAGACCCUGAACCCCAAGUUGCAGUCUGUCCAGGCUUUGCAUGGCAACUUCCCUCUUUACUGGUUUCACUGUCACCACUUUCAUAGUGUGAAAACCACUCUGUACCCCACCAGCCCAGCAGACAGCAGACUGGCUGGUGAACAAAGUGGAGCAUUUAGCUGCUAAAGAGACAGAUAUUUGUUUCAGGAUCUGGUGGAGACCAUAAACAGAGCUGAAAAAGGAAGUGAACUGUGGAUUCAUCAUUCACCAGGUGGACCCAAACCUGACUCUGGCUAAAUGAUAAUGUCGCUCCAUGGGUGAACAGGGAACCGUUUGCUGUUUGAGGCAGGACUGGAUAACAGGACUUCUUUUUUUGUAUGAAGCCGAGUUGUUUUGUUGGUUGUGACUGAGAAACAGUGCUGCUAUGGCUGACACAAACUCCCAGCCACCGGCCUCUGGCUCGUCGGCUAAAAUUGACCAAGUGCAAAGUCAGGUGAACGAGGUUAAAGUUAUUCUGAAAGACAACAUCAGCAAAGUGCUGGAGAGGGGGGACAGAUUGGACGAUCUGAUCGACAAGACUGGUGAUCUGCAGGCUUCUGCUGACUCGUUCCAAAGAACAUCCACGCGGGUUGCCAGGAAAUACUGGUGGAAAAACAUUAAAAUGAUGAUUAUAAUUGGUGUAAUUGUGCUGAUCAUCGUUAUCCUCAUCAUCCUCUUUGCCACAAAGGUUAUAUAAAUCCUCUUCCGUGCCCCUCCGCCAGCUCAGGACUAAAAGAAAUCAAGAUGGUAAAAUGAAGCUCACCUACAGACGGCUUUUAUUAAGCAUUUUAGAAUAUAGUUGCUCUCAGGACAGAGUCUCUAGUCAUUUCAGCUCGAGCUAAAAGACGUGUUAUAUUUCAAUAUCAAAAUAUGUAUGUAAAUUCAGACUUUGGAACGUCUGCGAACUUCUUGAAGCGGUUAGUCUGCGUUAAAAGCUUAUGAUGUGAAGAUGAAAUUCAGAGCUGGAGAGCUUAAAUUGUUAGAAACUUGGCUGAAAUUCUUCCUUGAACACUCCAACAGUCAUUAACAUUAUUUCACAAAGGAUCACAAAUCCAAAUGAGUGUUUAUUAUUUUUAUUUUGUCGCAUUUCUUUAUGUCUAAUUACCUGUAUGUAUAUAUAUAUAUAUAUAUACACACACACUGUAUGUUUAUGAAUGUCAAACUCUGUAAUAACAUAUGUAUUAUAUGACUGAUGACUAUGAUAAAGAGGAUAAAUUGUAACAACGCAUAUCAUUUCUUUGCUACCACAGUAAUGUAUAAAUGUGAUGUUCUGUUCCAAACAAUCUAACACUGCAGUUAUGUAAUAAAUGAAGCAUUUCACAAAAAGUGUUUGAGAACAAUAAAUA